AUUCUACUUUGUUUCAGGUGUAUUGACUGAUGUUUAAUAAGAACAAUUGAGACCAGUUAGAAUUUUCUGCAAGGAAUGGAAUUAGCUCAUAGCUUAUUGCUGAAUGAAGAAGCAUGCAAUCAACUAGGUGAAGUUCAGAAGGCAGAGUUCAUUUUUGAUUGGUUGAGAUAUUUGGAAAAGCUCUUGCUAGCAACCAGCAGGAGUGAUGUGAAGGAGAAACAGAAGACUCUUGUUGAGCAGCUCCUGUCUUUGUUGAACAGCUCCCCAGGGCCUCCUACCCGCAAACUUCUUGCUAAGAAUCUAGGCAUUCUUUAUGGUAUUGGAGACACAUUCUCUGUCUAUGAGACAAUCGAUAAAUGUAAUGAUCUUAUUCGUAGCAAAGAUGACUCUCCAAGUUACCUUCCCACUAAACUUGCUGCUGUGGUAUGUUUGGGUUCCUUGUACAAGAAGUUGGGUAGAAUAUUAAGUAACACUUUUACUGAAACAGUUGGGAAUAUUCUUAAAGCUAUGAAGAGUGCAGAGUCUCAAGGUCGAUAUGAGAUUAUGUUGAGUCUGCAAAAUAUAUUGAAAGGACUUGGAGCUGCUGCUACACCUUGCCACAGAGAUAUUUAUAAAGCUGCUAGAUCCUGCUUAACAGAUAGGUCCAUGGCUGUUCGUUGUGCUGCUGCAAAGUGUCUCUUUGAACUUCAGAACGAGGCCAGCUUCAUGUGGAGUACAGACCUGGACAGUGUGGCCACACUAUGUUUUAAGUCAUUUGAAGGUUCCAAUUAUGAUGUGCGGAUUUCAGUUUCAAAGCUACUAGGGACAGUGUUGGCUAAAGCUAUAAUUUCUAAACAUCCAGGAGCAGCAGCCUCACGUCAAAGCAUUCGCAGAGUAUCUCUGGAGGAAGUUCUGGAAUUACUAGGAACAGGGUUUCUACGUGGGAGUUCAGGAUUUCUUCGAGCCAGUGGUGAUAUGCUGAAAGGAACCAGUUCAGUCAGUAGGGAUGUUCGAGUUGGAAUUACUCAGGCUUAUGUGGUAUUUAUUUCAACACUAGGAGGAGCAUGGCUAGAGAAGAAUUUUGCUGCCAUUCUUUCUCAUAUCCUAAGCCUUGUGUCACAGUCACACCCUAAAGUCACCCAAGCUCAGGCUGAUGCUGUCUGCGGUCGCCGUUGUGUUUCAUUUAUCCUUCGAGCUACUAUAGGAGGCCUUCUUGGAGAAAAGGCUCAAAUUGCUGCUGCUAAGGAUAUUUGCCAGGCUAUAUGGAAGUUAAAGAAAGUGGUCGAUGCUGUGAUGUGUGACGGUAAUUUGGAAACCCGGCUUGGCUCCACAGAUGUAGCAGCCAGCCAGCAUAUGCUGGUGUGUGCUUUACAAGAACUCGGAAAUCUCAUACACGGUCUCGGGACCACAGCUGCGCCUUUGCUGCAGGAUUCAAGUGCAGGCAUUCUUGACAGUGUCAUUUCAGUUAUUCUUCAUCCUAGCAUAUCUGUUCGGCUAACAGCAGCCUGGUGUCUACACUGCAUUGCUGUGGCAUUACCUUCUUACCUAACGCCGCUCUUGGACCAUUGCCUUGAAAGGCUUACUGUACUUAAGUCUUCACCCGAAGCAGUGACUGGCUUUAGUUUUGCUGUGGCAGCUUUAUUGGGAGCAGUGAAACAUUGUCCUUUAGGAAUUCCUCAUGGAAAGGGCAAGAUUAUUUUAACAUUAGCAGAGGAUUUGCUGUGUUCUGCUUCUCAAAACAGUCGCCUUUCAGCUCAGCGCACACAAGCUGGAUGGUUAUUGAUUGCUGCUCUGAUGACAUUAGGUCCUGCUGUUGUCAGUCAUCACCUUGCUCGAGUCCUGCUGUUGUGGAAGUGUGUCUUUCCAGUGUCUCCUAAGGACCUAGAAACAGAAAAGAGCCGAGGAGAUUCCUUUACAUGGCAGGUAACCUUAGAAGGACGAGCUGGUGCACUCUGUGCUAUCAAGAGCUUUGUUUCCCACUGUGGCGAUCUCCUUACAGAGGAAGUAAUUCAGCGUCUUCUUCCACCACUUCCUUGUGCUGUGGAUUUGCUAACCCGGUAAGG